UUUGGGAGAUAAAUGAAAUGCUUCAAUGUUUCAAUGUCCUCCUAAACAACAGAAGGACUAUAGAAGAGAACUUGGGAAGAGAAAGGCAGAGAUUUAGCCAGGGGACCUUCUACUGGGUGGCCACCAUCUCUUAAUUACCCAGACGAAAGAGGAAGUUACUUGCAAUGUGAUAGAAGCUCCUACAGUUGACAGAUCAGGAAAGUGAGUUAUCUAUUGUGAGCUGAAGUGGCCUGCCCAAGUUCGGACAGGACCAUUCGCAUCCCACGUGAACGUCCAGAGAACAUUCCAUAGAACCUUGACUUUCUCAUCCAUCUCGGCUCUAUCACAGAUCUGCUUUGUUUUCCAACCAUAGUACCAUUGCCAGUCCCACAGGAUCCAUUGUCACCAAGAGCUACAGCUUUUAAUAAUAUUUAUCUACUGAGGAGGUCAUUGAGGUAUGGAGUCCGUAUCAAUCCCUGUGCUGAUUGAUGGGCUUGUUGAUUGUAUUGCCCAGCUAAUAAGGAUCGCUGAAGAGCUUUUACAGCUGAUUGCACGAGAGCAAAUGCCUUGUGCAGAGCAAAAUGGUGCAGCACAAGUGAUGGGAGAAGCUGCGUCUUCUCCUCAAGAAGAAGAUACGCUGCCAGAGCUCGCUGAGCUCUCAGAUUUAGAAUCAAUACUUACACCAAGAGAUGACGAAGACCUAAUCCUUGACAUAGAUCAAGCAAUGUUAGACAUAGAAGACUUAUAUGAAGAUGUUCUCUCUGGCCUAAACGAUGACUUAAGAAGUGGAUAAGACCACAUGCCCCCACCGGCACGUGAGAACAGAUAGUUUUUCUGUUUUAAAGAUAUUCUGAUUUUUCUGAGUGUUAGCAAUGAGUUUUCUCCUAGUUCCGUACAUUUUCAUUAUUAAUACCUUAUAGAACAAGUAAUAUUAGAUUUACUGCCAGUAGAAGCUGGUCUCUUUUCCUCUUUAUAUUCCUUUUAAAAGCUCUGACUUGAGCCUUAUGAUUCCUUCCCUGCUUGCACUUGUUCACCUGUUAGAAUUCCUAAGAACAGAAGCAAACAAUAGCAUAACAAGAAAUUUCUCACUUAACAAUGGAGUGAAGACCUCAUGGAUAGAUCACAUUUUGGAACCCAAUUUCACUGUGCUAUGAAUGGAAACCAAAAAAGGAAUAUCCCCCAUGAUGGUAUUAUAGUGAAUACAUCACACAGACAGAACGACAUUGGGACACUUUUACUGGAAAAGAUAUAACUACUUACUAGGCCUUGAGGAGAGGAUGUGUCAACUAAAGGGUGCAAUUUUGAAAAAGCUGAUAAACUGUAGAAAAGUUUUCGGAUAACUUUUGUCAGGGAGAAACCUUUGAAAAAGCUGAGGCCAAGAGGUUCCGAUGCACGACUGUUCCCUCAAAUGCACACUACAAUGAGUCUUCCAUAUGGUUUCCCAAAUGGAAAGGGCAAAUUAUACCAGAUAACAAAGAGAGUAGUACUAUCACUGGAAGGCCUAAACAAAGCCCUACAAGGGCUGUUCACCAAUGGAGAGUCAAAUGCUUUAUGGCAUAGGCUCAGAGAUGAUGGUCCACAAAUGGAAGGGGAUAAAAGUAUAUCUUCUUUAGUAUAGUUAGAUUUAUAAAGAAUAGUUGAUAGGCUUAUUAUAGUUAACCUGCUGCAACCUUGACACAGAAAUCUAAACUAUUACGAUAUGGGAGCAAUAAUUAACUUAAAUAAAAUAUGGACUGGUAUUUAGCCACAAUAAUUCUAGAAAUACCAGAAGGGUAAAAUGGAGUAGUUGGAGGACUGCCCCCCCAUAUCAAAACAGAAAGAGACCCAAUAAAUUUAUGGGGAAUUCAUUGGUCAUACUAAUUCCCAUGCCAUUCAGUAGUCUCAUUUCCAUUUGGAAAAACAGCUACCCUUCAUACAAGCGCAUGGACACUGUGGUCCUCCUUCCUAGGGAAUGGCCUUUGCAUCUCUUAACACGGCCAACAACUCGGCAAAGACAUAAAAGUGUCGCUAGGACAAAUUGACAUAUGCAAAUUGUGAAGAAAUGACAUAUAGAAGCUCAUCCAUGUGGAUGGAAACCAGACUAUACCAAUUCAUAUAGAGUAGUAAAGCAUAUUAUUGUCAAAAAGAUUAAAAUACAGAUGCUGCAUCUAAUCCUAAGCGAGGUCUACAUACAUAGACAAUUAGCUGCUUUUAAAGGCAAAUGGAGGGUGGAAAUUAUAGACUACACAGCCAGGUCUUGUUUGGAUGAGCAGUAGCAGGAGGGACAUAAAUCAGUUUGCCACAGAAUUUCAGGAUAAGUACAUGUAACAAAUUGAAGAAAAAGACUGCUGUAUCAAAAAAAAAAAAAAAAAAAAGCUACCAAAGACCCUUUUGAAAAUCAGAAGAACUUACGGAGCUACUCAAACAUGUUAGCAUGAGAAAGUUCCACAGAAGACUGCUAUGUUGAAAGACUGAAAGAGUAGAGGAGGAUCCAGGACAUUUGGACGGAUGAACAAAGACAAAGAGGAGAAAUCCAAGUUUUAUCAUCAAGCAACUACUGUGGAUAAUGACAAGCCAUACCAGACAACAGAUUGAGGGACUUUGCUGUUGUACUAAUUGGACAAAUUGAGCAUUACUUUCCUUGGGUAGGGGACUCUAACUAUGCAGUAUGUCCAAAAUGGAAAAUAAGAGAUGCAGUGCAAAGGGACUGUGCCAAAUUAACUAAAAUAUAGCACUGGGAAAACAAGAAGAAAUGGUUCAUCCCAUCAUUCCAUUAGGAGCACUUUUCUAAAGGAAGAUUAGUGGUAACAGUUAAACAAGGAAAUCUAUACAUGUAGCAACCAAGAAGAAUAACAGAGAAAUUGGAUAAAAGUGAAAAGAUAGAAUCUAUGCUUUAAUUAAAGGUUUAGAAACAGCCAGGGAAGCUAUAUACUCUCCCACUAGGAAUUUGGACUUUAGGAAAUUGGGCUAUAAUUUUGUGUCAAAAUAAAACGCAAAGCAGGAGUACUUCGACAAGAUCCGGAAACAUCCAAGGAAAGACCACCAUUCUGCUACAAAUUCUAUUUAGCAAGUGAUUUAACUGUAAAUGGACAGAUCCGGUGCUCCUCAAAUAUGAUGGAUGCUGAAGGGUAGCUAGUCCCCCAAGGAGAACUCUGGAAUAUAGACUUCAGAACACCACCACGACGGAUUAGUGUGAGCUUCUCAAAAACGUGAAUAUUAAUGAGAAAACACCAGCAACCAUACCAACUCAAGCAGGUUAUUCAAAUACAUCAUGAGAAAUCUGUGGGACUACUCCAGGCCUUGAAACAAGAUGAAGCUUGAACCAGCCUAUAAAACAACUAAUGGUCAACAUGGUCCUUACGUGUCAAAGCUGGAAGAUGCUACAACCUCAUAACAUGUGAAGCUGGCUCGCCUCCUGACUAGAUGUGGAAAGACUGUACUAUAAUGGCACCUUAGGAUUAGAUAAAAUAUAUCCCAUCGUUUGCUCUGA